CGCCGAUUUUAGUGGAAGGGCACCAGGUGCGUUACUUCGAGUUCGUGGACUUCGAGCGAAAGUUCGAGGAGUGCAUCAGUCAGUCGGCCGUGCGCACCAAGUUCGCACAGCACUCGCGCCGCGGACGUAACAUCGCCGCUGACGUCAUGGCCGCCCUCGAUUUGGUGUACAAUACGGCCACAGAACAAAAAAGCACAAAGGUGGAAAAGCAGCGAAUCUUACACGAACAGCUGACGGCCAUCGAAGAGCAGCUCACCACCAUCACGCGCCAGAUGAAGGACAAAAUCAACCGCAUGGUGGAGAGCGUCGAACAUAAGGUGUCACUGACUCUCAGCCAAGAGAUCCGUCGGCUGUCUGCGCUCGUGGAUGAAUUUGAUACGGUCUUCCGACCGGAGCGCCAGGCGCUCGAACAGUACAAGCGGCAGCUGCAUCGACACGUCGAAAGUGGCCUCGGCUCCAGACUCAAGAAACGCCUGUCCUCCGACAUCGGGAACGAGAUGGACGAGGCACAGAAGGAGAUGGCAGACCGCAUGUACAACAUCCUGCCGAUACACAAGCGAGCGGCCGCGGCCAGCUGCAUCGUGCCUCACCAACAGCCCUUCGAGGUCCUCUACCGGCUCAACUGCGACAACCUCUGCGCCGACUUCCAAGAGGACCUGUCCUUCCGCUUCUCAUACGGCAUCACGGCGCUAAUACAGCGAUUCCAGGGAAAGAAUACUAACAAAAUCGCCUUGAAAAACCCGCCGCAGUACACACCGAUCCCGGCGACGGUGAGCUCGACGCCGUCGGCGCUGGAGCUGGCGCCCAGCAACGGGCCCGCGGGCGCCGCGGUGGGCCCCCUCAGCGCCGAGGAGUGGGGCCUCGUGUCCAAGUUCGCGAUGGGCGCGCUCACCUCGCAGGGCACCAUGGGCGGCCUGCUGCUCUCCGGACUGCUUCUAAAAACAGUGGGUUGGCGCAUAGUACUGGCGACGGGCGUGUUAUACGGAGCGCUGUACGCGUACGAGCGGCUGACGUGGACGGCCAAGGCACAGGAGCGACUCUUCAAGAAGCAGUACGUGGGGCACGCCAGCAAGAAGCUGCGGCUGAUCGUCGAUCUCACUUCGGCCAACUGUUCCCACCAGGUGCAACAGGAACUCUCAACGAUGUUUGCGCGUCUAUGUCGGCUAAUCGACGAGGCUACGACGGAGAUGGACUCCGAGCUAUGCGAAGUCAAAGAAGCCAUUAAGAUGCUGGACGACGCCUCCUCUUCUGCGAAGAAGCUGCGCAACAAAGCCAACUACCUCUGUCAUGAGUUGGAGCUCUUCGAUGACGCCUUUCUCAAGCACAAUUAGGCGACCAGAGUCGGCGCAAUGGUUAUAUCCAUGACGUGGUCCGGACACCUUCCGGCCGCAAAUCGGCGGAGUCGCCUCAUUGCGAUCCCCGCCGUGCCUUAAACGAACGACUGCGAACUUCGGGUAUGACCUCAAAACACUCCAUCUCGACGCUGUGUCGUGCGUAUACAAGCCAAUAACUCUUUUACAGUCAAACAAAUAACUUUGUAAGCUCUUCUUGUUGACUGCUUUUAUGAUUUCUCCCUGUGUCACCUAUAAGUAUUACUGGAUUUUCUUAACUUAAAGAUUUGGGACAAUUAUGGCCGAAAAUAUUAUGAUAAAUUUUCUCGGUCAUUAAAUAAAACCACGUAUUUUAUCUAGAGUUGCAACGAAUGUUCGGUUACUAUUCCGUACUUGACUUGUUCGGCC